AUGUUUAUGUCUUAUGUAGUAUGCGUAAUCGAUAUGACCUUAAUUGGUUACGCCCAAGGACUGUUCAACGGUGUGGUGAGAACACAAGAUUUACUUGAAAUUCACGAUCUGGUCGGACCUACGAAGACAACGGCCGUGUCUACAGUGCCUGCGAUAUAUAUGACAUUGGUUGUUUCUUUGGAGCUAUCGUCGCCUUCACCGUUGGUGAGCGUCUGA